AUGUUAGAAAAAAAGUUUGCUGACAUUGACAAGAAAUUUGAGAAUGUUUUAAACAAGAACAAGAGGAAGUUAGAAAAUGCUCAGAUAAAGCCUAUACAUGAAAAGUUCUUAUUUGCUCAGAAUGGUAUAACAGGUCUAAUUGCACCACCUGGGUCGGGUAAGACUUUCACUUAUCUUAAAAUGGCUGCACAACAACAAGAACUAGAUGAGAAGAACCCAUUCUAUGAGUUAGUUGUUAUUUGUUCGACUUCUGGUCAAUUUGACCAAACCGUCAAUUCGUUCAAAGAUAUUAUAAAGAAGUCUAAGUUAGUAUGUAUAAAGGAUACUGAGUUGUUAGAUUGGAUAAAGAAGUACCAAAGAAGAGUUUUGAAGUAUAAUGCUAUAAAUGAGUAUAUAAAUUCUAAGUUUAAAGACCCAAAUGAGGAAAUGCAGAGAAUAUUAGAGAAGAAACACUUCAGAAACAAACAGAAAGAGAUAG